AUGAAAUUUGGUCAGGCUUUUUGGUGCGCUUUUGGUGCUUUGGCGAGUGGAGUCCACUCUCGUCUUCUUACUGUUCCUAUCAUCCCGUUUGUCGAGACGGGUGGUAGCUAUAGCCUCUCCGCGGUCACGGGGAUUAUUGUGGACUCUCGUUAUGUUGAUGCUGUGGAUCAGCUUGGACAGACGUUGAUCCCGCCGACGCUGGGGCAGUUUGCUGAGACUUUUCAAGGAGAUUUGAAAUCGGUCUUUGGGGUUGAUGUGCAGAUUACGCAGGGCACAGAGCGGACGGCGAAUACUAUUUUCUUGACAAUUGGGAAUAAUAGCGCCUUCGAGGAUGUUGCUGGGAGAUUCACAUCUGAGGGAUACGAAUUGGUAGUUGAUGAGAAUGGGGUCGUGGUGACUGGGGCGAGUCCCCUGGGUGCGUGGUGGGCCACCCGGUCGAUCAUUCAAGCUGCUUCUUCUACUGGCAACUCCGCACUCCCCAAAGGGUCCGGCGUGGAUGCACCGGGCUGGGGGACUCGAGGAGUCAUGCUUGACGCUGGCCGCCACUUCUACCCGGCAGACUUCCUGAUUGAGAUGUGCUCAUAUCUCUCCUUCUUCAAGCAAAACACGUUCCACGUCCAUCUCAGCGACAAUCUAUAUAAUAAUGUAGAUAUUUACUCUCGAGAAGAGAGCUUGAACCUCUACGCUGCAUUCCGACUCUGGUCCGAUGACGAUGCCGUCGCCGGACUGAACAAGCGAGCGAACGAGUCGUACACCCGUGAGCAAUUCGAUAAUAUCCAAACACAAUGCGCACAGCGCGGAGUGACCAUCAUACCCGAGAUCGAGGCACCCGGCCAUGCACUCGUCAUCGUGCAAUGGAAGCCAGAACUGGGUCUUGAUGAUCUAAGCAUGCUCAACAUCAGCCACCCCGAAACUAUCCCGACAAUGCAGACAAUUUGGCGGACUUUCUUGCCCUGGUUCCACAGCAAGGUUGUCCAUAUUGGUGCCGAUGAAUAUGACAGCAGUCUGGUGUCAGAUUAUACUCAUUUCGUGAAUGAGAUGAACACGUUCAUUCAAAACGAGACAUCUGGGCAGAAGUCGAUGCGAAUUUGGGGCACGUUCACCCCGAGUGAGGGCGCCAAUGUUUCCACAUCCGUGUCGUAUCAGCACUGGGAUACCAGCGCGGACCAGCCUUAUUUCGAUUACAUCGAGAAUGGCUAUCAUGUGCUCAACUCCGAUGACUAUUUGUAUCUUGUGGGUGGGUGGAGUGGCUCAUUUCCUCAAGUACUCAGUCAGGACAAGAUCUUCAACGGUCCGUACGACGCGCCGUACUCACCAGUGAUAUUCGACAGCUCUAACCAGACUGACAAUCCUUCCCGGGAUAACCCCCUGGUGCUGGGCGAGGUCGCAGCAUUGUGGAAUGAUUACGGGUCAAACGCCACCACCGUCCUGCAGGCGUACUAUUCCUGGCGUGAUGCGCUCCCCGCUCUCGCCGAUAAACAAUGGAGCGGGAACAUCACGGAAGACGAGUACGAGUCCGUCUUCGAUGUCCUCCACGCAGCCGUGCCAGGCCAGAACCUCGACCGUGCUAUUCCCAGCACGUCAGAUACAAUCUUACACUACACAUUCGAUGGUUCCAGCUCCAAAUCCCAGUCUGUGGCCGACUAUUCCGGCAAUGGAUACCACGGCACUUUACACGGGUGCAAGACAGCGGAUAAAACCUUACAUCUAGCGGAUGGGUGCUAUGUUGAAACACCUCUAGGCAGCAAGGGGCGAGAUUACACACUUUCCUUCCGUGUCAAGCCCACCUCCCCAACACCGGGCACACUCUUCGCGGGGCCAGACUCCACAUUCGUAAAUGGCAAUGGCACAAUCACCAACGCAACUCUCAUCAGCGGCGGAAAUGCCUACUCGCUGAACUAUACUCUGCCUCUUAACGUGUGGACAGAAGUCAGCUUGAUCGGGCAAGGGAACACGACCCUUCUUACCGUAUCCAGCAAGGGCGCCAAGUCCAAGACGAUGGAGUUCCUGACGAAGAUCGGCGUUAAUGGGGAGUCGUUUGUGUGGGCACCUAUAGCAGUGGAGGCACCGCUGACGCGUAUCGGCGAAGGAUUUACAGGGCUGAUGCAGAAUCUUGUGUUGAAAGGUAGCGCGGGUACUUCGACUUGA